GUGCCCUGCGUGUAUGUGCAUUGCUCGCCGAUCCGGAGGCGUGUGCAGGUGUGUCAGGUGGAGGCCGGAAGACGGGGAGGGGGCGUGGACUUCGCUUCUUCGGCAGCAGCUACCAGCGGGUGGGGCCGGCAGAGCCCAGCUAACCCCAGAACCCCGGGCUCCUCUGGAAGUGCUCCCAGCGCCAGGCCAUGAGGAAUACCAGCAAGGAAGUGCAGAGCACCACUCACCGCUACGCUCCCUGCGAUUGGUAUUACCACCUGCCUGCGAAGCGCUCUGAGAAGGCCAUGGAUGCCCCACCAGCAUCUCAGAUUCCAGGGCUCAGCAAAUUGGGCGACUCACAAAAUGGGCACUUGCCUGGGAUGCGGAGGUACUGGAUAAAAGAAACAGACUCGGAAUACGUGAAGCUUGCAAAGCAAGGUGGCAGACCUGAUUUGCUGACCCACUUUGUUCCUGGGAGCAGGAAAGGUUCUCCUGUGACCUACUCCCUGCCAGACUGGUAUAUCCACCACAGCAAGCCUGCUACCGCCCAGCAGCGCGAAGUCCCUGUGGUCUCCAUGCCAGAUUACAUGGUGUAUGAAGAAUUCAACCCCAAUCAGGCCAACGGGAGCUACGAAUCCAGAAGAGGCCCCUUCGAUUUUGACAUGAAAACAGUUUGGCAAAGAGAGGCCGAGGAACUUGAGGAGAAAAAAAAGGUGAAGCUGCCCGCCAUCCACGCAAAGCACUCCAGCAAAGCGGGGACCCCGACGGGCUCCAAAGAAUCCUCGGGAAGCCGGCUCUCCUUCCCUCCCAUGCCUGGUCAAAAAACCAAUUCACCAACAAACUUCUCCAAGCUUAUCAGCAAUGGCUAUAAGGAUGAGUGGUUACAGCAACAGAGGGCAGACUCAGACAUAAAGACCCCGAAGACAUCCAGGACAUCGUCCUCUCAGUCCACACGGGACUCCCAAGCGCCCAAGGAUGCAGAGGCAACACCAGACGCAGAGGCUCCUGAAGGCUCUGAGAAAGCUCAAGAGUCUUCUCCUCCAAGCCCAGGAGCUUCUCCAUCUGAAUCGACUCCGGCAGAGCUCAAAUAAACCCAGAUGUCACAUUCAGGAUCACCUUUUUAAGUAGCUCACCACGGUGUGACUAGGUCGAAGCUGUAUUUAUAAGGCACUCGUUAUAUUUUAUUAGUAUAGACUCUUACAGAACCGUAUAUCUCACAGCAUACACACUAUCUCUGAGGCACAGCUAGGGAAAACACUGUUUUUUUUUUCCCCCCUCCCAUUUCUCUGGGGUGCUGAACGUGGGCUUAGAAGGAGGUGCCACCACCACGAUCUCUGGGACCUUUCACUCUGCCAGCCUGGUGACCUCUCAGGACUGGUCACUUCCCCCUGCCAUCCUGGAACUGCACCUCCAGGAUUCACCAUGUGGGUGCCUCCUCUGAGAUUCUGAACAGGAAGAAACACAGAAUAAGCCUCAGCUUUGUUCUUCUAUUGUUUGGUUCUAUGAUCUUUGUAGAAACACUCUUCCUGUUUAAAAAAAUUAAAAUAUGAUGACAUAGUUUGUAUUAAAAAUAUUAUGCCUUGAAGUUUUCUAUGCUCAAUAGAAAACAUUAUAACAUUUACUAGUUUAAUUUUUUUGCCAAUGCUGUGAGCAUAACUACAGUUUAAAAUAUGAAGCAUUUCUUAUUUUAUAUCUUUUCAUUGGAGAUGUGCUUCAUAGACUUAAAGCAAAGCUUUGAAAUAAUCAGCGGAGUGCUUUAGUUUUAUAAAAGUUAUUGCUUGCGUAUUAGAAAUUUGCAUUCAAAUAUACUUAAAAGUUUUAUAUCUUUAAUUCAUUAAUUUUUUGGACAGCUAAUUUUUUUAGGAAGCCAAAUAAGGUCACAGACAUUUGUACCUUCUUUCCUGGAAUGACUUUAUCAUGCGCUUGCUCAGCUAAAACUCAAGUUUCAUAUUAGAACUCUAACUGAGCUGUUUAAUGGAACAUUCACGUGUCCAUUGUAUAAUCACAAGGAUGUUGCUGUGGAAGAAUAUGUAUGCGAUAUGUAAAGAAUGGGAAUGGCUGUACAUAUGGAAUAAAAAUGAUAAACCACACAGGA